AGGAGGCAGCACGGGCGGCGCCACGGGUGUAUUGAGCGGCGCGGGCAGCCGGGUAUCCCUGCUGGCAGACCGUGACCAGCAGCAGGGGGAUCGCAGCUGCGGGGGGAGUACGACGAUGGGUUCGGGCGGGGGCGCGGUGCCGCCCGGUGUGGGUGUCAACAGCGGGCCGGCGGAGGGCGGCGUGUAUGUGUAUGGGCUCUUCCUGGAGGGGGCUCGGUGGGACGAGAAGGAAGGCGUGCUUGCUGAGGCUCGUCCGGGUGACAUGUUCAGUCGCCUGCCCGCCGCCCACUUGCUGCCCCGCCCCGCCUCCGACCCCUCAUGCGGCACCCGGGCGGACAGCGGCACCGCCCCACCGGACCUCCCCUCCCUGGACGACCCCACCUCCGCCUCCUUCACCGCGCGCUACGACAACAGCAACAGCAACAGCAGCAACGGGAACUACACCGGGGGCGGUAACACCGCCGCCAGCAUCAGCAGCAACUACAACGCUUACAGCGCCCAUGGAGGCACGGGUACCGGCAAUGGCUACGGCAGCGGCUAUCCCAACGGCGGCGUGAGCAGCGGCAACCUCAGCAGCAGCGCCCACGCGACCACCAGCGGCAGCGGUGUGCUGACCUCCGUGAACCUGGCCUUCCCCAACAGCAAGUCGGCGGUGGUGGCGGCGGCGGCUGGCGCCUUGGCUGCACCGCCCUCCUCCGUAACCUCGACCGCCUCCGCCCUGCCUGCCUUUGCGCUUUCCCCCGCUCCUGCUCCUGCUCCUGCGGCCGUUCCCGCGAGUGCUGCUGCUGCGACCGUGACAACAACAACAGCAGCAGCAGCUGCACCGGCACCUGCUUCGCUGCCGUUGCCGCCGCUGCCGCGUCCUUUCAGCGGCGGCUUCGUCUCCCCGCCGCCGGAAGGGGACUUCCCCCCCUCAGCGGAGGAGGACCCGCAGGCCGACCCGCACCGGUACGCCUGCCCGCUGUACCGCACGAGUGUACGAGCGGGGGUGCUGAGUACGACAGGGCAGAGCACCAACUUUGUGUUGUACCUGGGGCUGGGCAUUCCGCCGGACACGCACCCGGACUUUUGGGUGAUGCAGGGCGUGGCGGCGCUGUGUGCGCUGGAUGACUAGGGGGGGGGGGUCAGAGGCCAUACCGAGGAAACCACAGGUUGGGGCAAGACACUGGUGAUAUGACAUGUUGGA